AGUGACGUCACCGUUCUCCCAAACAAUUUCCUGUUCCUGUUUCUCUAUGGAAGAAUCCAAAAGCAAGCAGCGUUACUGAUUUAGAGAGAUAUGGACACAGAUAUAUCAGUUUCAUCAGCCUGCUUAGUCAGUACUCGUGUAGAGCAUCAAGAUUGAACAUGUGUGCUGGACAUGAUGGUUUGGCCAAAACUUGUAUUACACUAAGAACAAAAUGGCAGAAGAGACAGCACUGGUGGACGAGAAGAAGCUGACAGAGCUCUGUGCGAACCCUAACACUGGGGUGAACAGCCCCUUGGAGCGAUCAAUCUCAGAAUCAAGAGGCACAGAGUAUAUCUCCGGAGAACCCACAGCUGCUGAAUGUCUGAUUAUGGGUGCCUCCCUCCAGCCAAGCAGGAGGACCUCUGAAGCAUUAGAAGCUCAGAAAGAGCCACCUAAACGAGAUGAUAGCUACCCAUCCUCUCUUCGCUCCACAUCCACUUCCUGCAGCUCCUACAGCCUAGAAAUUAGUGUAUCCACUGCUACAACCAAUAACAGUGGCAAAGAAUCUAGACCACUGCCUCUAAAGACACCUCCAGAAAGCAGAGCUGGUCAAAGCCAUGAGGCCAAGCCCCCAAGUUCCCAUGAUGAUCAGAAACCAGUUUCUACAGUAACAAAGUCAUAUGUCUCCUUAGAUCCCAAGCCAGUCCAAGAAAAGGAACACUUAUCAGAAUUAAAGUUCACUCAGUGCCUAGAUACGCAUGGCACUUCUGAGAUUGUAACCCCCAAGAGCCCAAGAACAGAAUCCAGUCUGGAGAAGACAUUUUUGUCCACUCCUAGUGAUGAUGGCAAGGUAGGAGCUCAACCAAUCUCAACUAGCCAGCCACAAAAAGCAUCUUCCACACAGUAUGAAAGCUAUAGUACAGAGAAGAAAGCUGGCCAGGAAGAAGAGGACAUGUUUUAUGCCUUUGUAAUCCUGCAUGCACAGGAGGACUUUGAAGAAGCUGUUAGACUCAAGUCCAGGUUGGAGUCGAUUUCCUCAACAAUUGGAGCAACUUUCACUGAGGACUUUGCAGUGCCUGGAGUCUCAACCUUCAGGUGUGUGGAGGACGCCAUCGAGAACUCGGCCUACAUCAUGCUGCUGCUCACGCCAAACUUUAACAGUCAUUUAAAUGAGACAAACACAGAUUCUGCACUCAUGAACUCAAUUGAAAAGCCACAAAAACAGAACACUGUCAUCCCACUGCUGCCCCGGACCAAUCGUUUGACUCGUGAUCAAAUGCGUCCAAUUUUGAGAACUAAAAACCCGCUAGAUGAAACGAAGGACAGAGACAUUUUUGAAAAAAUGGUCCGAAAGGUCUUGGACUCCAAAAAUAUACAGAAACAGAAGUUAAUGUGGAAACGUGCACAACUGCUCAAAAAACAUCAGGAAAAACAGCAGCAGUUACGGGAAGAGAGACAGUACCACAGGGAUAUUAAUCGAGAGGCUACAAAGGUUCGAGAGUUAGAGGAGGAAGUACGGCGCCUGAGAAUGCAACAACAAUGCCAGCCACCUCCUAAUGCUCACCAGUCCUAUCCAUAUCAGGGUUUUAAUGGAAGAACCCAGCCGCCUGGUGACAUGCCAGUCCCUAGCCCGAUGCCUUCAUAUUACAGUGGAAACAUGUGGCAACAACCACCAUCCAACAUCUGUAUCCAGAAUGCUAAAUGCAUCAUGAUCGGGAAUAACUCCACCAUGACUGUGGGAGGAGUUGUAGACUCAGAUGAUGAAGAUAAUCUUUGAAAAAAUGAAACCUUGUCCUGAAUCACAAAAACAAGUGCAUUUCACAUAACUAUGAGAAUGGGAUUAUCCACUGGUCAGGGUUAAUAUGGUAUAUGGUAUGGUAAUACUCAUAGUGUGUGAUCACUUCAGUUCACUUCACUGUUGACUUUUUCACAACACUGAUUAAUCUUUCCAAAACUAAUUCAUUUUAAAGUUAUUUUUUACUGCAAUGGUUCUCAGUUUUUGAGUUUGGCUGCAACUCCCGCAAAUUUCCAAAAAAUUCCCUUCCUCUGGAUUCACACGUCCACUCAGGUGACUUCACUGAAUCCUUUCAGCUGUGAAAUCCUCUACUUUUGUAAACAUGUUAUGAUGCUCUGCUGAGACUCCUAUCAUCUGCUGAAACAUCUAUCAGACACACAGAAUAGUAUAGCAUUGUAGAACUAAACCUAACAACUCAUCACCAUGCUAGUUGCCUCUCAGCCACUCUGUCUUUCAGCUUAUAAAAACAAUGUGAUGAAUACAAACAGUGUGAGAGAUUUAAUGGAAAAGUCAUUCUUAAAAAUAUUGUUGUGAGAAAAAUGGAGGUGUUGGGGAAUUUGAGUUUCCUUUUGUUUUGUUUUUUUGUGUUCAUUUUUUCAUUCUUUCAUUUUCAUCUGCUUUUUUUAAUGAUUAAUUAAACUAGGUUAUCAUACUGUUAUCAUGCUGAUAGUUGCAAUGAUUUACAGAUGCUUGUAUAUGGUUGAUGGUUUCUGCAACAUAGUGAUUACCAGGACUUUUAAAAGAAUUUUAAAAGAAGCUGUUUUUUGAAAAAAUCUCAAAUAUUCAUAAAUGUAUCACAUACUAAAAUUACAAAACGUCAAAUUGUGAGGCUUGUUUUUGGACAGCCAGAGGCAGAUCAAGUUGAUCAA